UACGUAGAACUGAUAAGGAUUGACCCCUGACUUGAGUAUGAAUAACGAAACAAUAUUCGGCUGUUUUUUACUCAGUGGUACAUAAGUCAGGGAACAUGUGGCUGCAAAAGUUUAUAGUUAUAUUCUGUUUAAUAAUUGUCGCGGCAUCAGGCCAAGAUGAUACGGAAGAAGACAUUUCAACGGAGAGCGAGAAAUUGGCACAAGGAGAGAAAAAGUUGAGCGACAAUAUCCUGAUGAUGCUAGAACAUUUUAGGCAACCAGACCCUGUAGGUCUACCAGGUGACGUCAUACCAGACCCUUGUCCUGUGGCAGACAUGAAGCAGUCUCUACAACUAGGCACGCUGUACCUGACCAAUACAAAGGUCCACGGUCUUAGUAAACUCAGAAUCUUACAUGUGAAUGCUGAAGUCGAAGAUCUUGUGGUUGAAGCAGCAUUAAGGAUAGAUGCCUUGCAAGCUCGAGGCAACUACUCGAUAUCAUCAUGGUUCGGUUCUUCAAGGGGACCGUUCACAGUCGACAUCACAGGCCUGAAAAUAUUGGCAAAGGCUAAUGUCGGUGUAGAAAUAGACGGAAAGCUACGAGCCCAAGACAUCCACGUCGACCUAAGCUUCAGCAAAAUAGCCACCAACUUCGAAAACUUAGGCUUCCUUGGAGGUAUGUUGCAGAGCAUUAUUAACACUGGAGGUGCUUCCAUCUUUGACUCAAGUAUGCCAGCUAUCCUCAAGGAAGCCUAUCCUAAAGCUAGAGCUGAAAUCAAUGCUAAACUUGAAGAAGUCGCUGGCGAUUUACAAUUCCCCAACUCCAUUUCUCCUCUGGACAUGGUGAUCAUCGACGUUAGGAAAAAAAUAAGCGACAUGAAGUUAGACCCGUACAAGAUCAAAGAUAACAACACUACAAUGAGUAUAUUCACUAUUUCUUUGGCUAACACCUGGGUGACUGGAAUAUCUUCUUUCCAAAGAGUUGGUAAUAUAACUUUGAAGAUGGAAAACAAUACAGCUAUAGCAGACUUUGAGGUUGGUACACAAAAGUUGGAAGGAAGAACUCAGUGGGAUGUGUCGGCAGUGAGUGGACUUGUGUCUAGAGCGGGUACGGCGGCGUUUUCUAUAGAGUACUUUGGUGCCAGGGUGAUACUGGCACAGCCGCUGGACACCAGGAAAGCUCCCACAUUAAGGGACAUAGAUCUCGAUAUAGGUAACAUCCAAGUUCGCUUCGACGGUGCAGGCACUCUGGACUACGUGAUUGAAUUUGCAAUAAACGUUAUUCCUAAUCUUCUAAGAUACCAGAUAAUGAAUGCUUUCGAAGGACCUUUGAGGGAAAGAAUUCAGCAGGAACUGACCAAGGUAAAUGUGGAUGAGCUGAUCAAACAAGAGUUACCAAAACUUGAUCAAAUGCAAGAGACAGGCUUCAAGCUAUCAGCUCUAAGAGGGCCAGAGAAUGCUAAUGUGAAGUAUGAUGAAGACGAGUUCUUUAACUUUUAAACGUAGCUUUGUACCAUAUAUGUAUAUGUAUAAUGUAUAUCUACCGUAUAGUCCACAAUGAAGUUCCUACCUAUAGCUUUUUUUUUCAAUAAAAUAUAAGCACUUGUCCAAUGACACAUCUCCAAUGAAUUCUAUUGUUUAUAUUGAAUCAUCAUCUUGCUGAUAAGUAUACGAGUAUGUAUAAUUACGCAUAAUAAAUAAUUAAUUAAAAUGUUAAUUCAAAACAAAUACAUUUAUGAAGAAAUA